GAGAACGCCCUGCUACAUUUCCUAAUCGUGGGGUUGGCGUGCAGGCGGUGGAACUGAAGUGAGCUGGUCACGAUGCGUGUGCUUCUCCCGUGCAGUCAGCUGGCCCUGGCUCUUGCCCUUAUCCUGGUUUUGGACUCCUCAGUUCAAGGUUUACCUUUGCGGAGAGCCAGGUACCAGUGGGUCCGCUGCACUCCCGACAGUACUUCUGCAAACUGCAUCGAUGAAACGGGCCCAGUGUUCGACUUACCUCUGGGCGAAUCCAACAGAAUCCCCCCUCCGAGGACUGACCCUCUUUCAAUGACAAGCACUUCGAACUUGAAUGAUGUCUUCCCGCUUUCUGAGGACUUUUCUGGCUCUGGCUCUGGCUCAGGAUCUGGAAUCGACUUCCUGACGGGAAUGGAACAUGAAUACCAACCCGCAGAUAAAAAUGAUGCUUUUUAUUACGACUUUAAGCCUGUGUCCUCAGGCAACCCAGACUUGGGUCAGAAUGAACUAGAAGAGAAUUUUAUUAUGUAAGAGAAAGGGUUCCCGCCUUGACACCAGGCAGUGCACUUGGCGUAUUUUGUGUACCGUUGCAAAAUGAUUAAUUUGGGGACAGAAAGUUUUAUAGAAAUUUUAAAACAUCUGAUUUAUUUACUUUUAUUGUCUGUCUGAAAAAGAAGUUUAAGUUUUAUCACAUUUUUUUUCUCAUGGAUCAUUAAAGCCUCCUUUAUCUAUACUA